AUGUCUGCAACGGGACAUCCCCAUCUCCGUGGCAACCACUGCCGGGAAGGCGCAAGCGCCAGGAGAGGGGCGUGGCUACAGGAACGUGUCCGGGUCGUCAGCGAUGACGUUAUUGCGCAGGCGCGGAGAGCUUGUCCGCGGGAAGUCAUAGGGAUGAAGGGUCGCUUUCCAGUGCGGCGGACGCUUGAGUUCCUGCGGAGUGGAUCAGUGUCUUUGAAGGAUUCGGUGAAGAUCCUGACGGUGAAUUACAACACGCAUGGGGAGAGGAGCGACGGAGCAAGAAAGUUUGUUUUCUUCAACAUACCUCAGAUCCAGUACCAGAAUCCUUGGGUUCAAAUUGUUAUGUUCAAGAACCUGACACCAUCACCUUUUCUAAAGUUUUAUUUGGAUGAUGGUGAACAGGUUUUGGUUGAUGUUGAAGGAAAGAACCAUAAAGAAAUUGUUGAACAUGUGAAGACCAUCCUGGGAAAGAGCCGAGAAUUGCUGGAAGCUGAAGAGCAAGCACGAAAGGAGCAUUCACACCCUGCGCACUUUGGGCCUAAGAAGUACUGUCUGCGGGAAUGCAUGUGUGAGGUCGAAGGGCAGGUUCCUUGCCCAGGUCUGGUGCCUUUACCUAAGGAACUGACUGGGAAGUAUCGGGCUACCUUGUCAGCAGGCACUGCUGUGUAAACAAUGCUUUCAUGCCAGAAUGAAUAUGCUUAAUUUCAGAAGUCAGGAAUGACUUGGUUUCAUCAGCAAAAUCAGAAUUGAUGUGAAUUUGUAGGUCAUGCAGAACCUGAUUUUGUUUUACUGAACUCAAAACAACGAGAAUGUAAGGGAAUGUUCAUGUUGUUUAAAAAGACAUCCAGAAGACAUGUUAUCUGUUGUCAAGAUUAUUUACCUGCAGAUGAAUGAUGCAGAAUUAUUCAGGUUGGUGAAUUAAGUGAGAGUGAAGGAAGAAUUAACUUUAAUUGUUGCAUAUGCCAGUGAUCUGUAAAAGCCUCACUGUUAUGGUAGAAUAAUUAACUCAAAAAGCUAGCCUAAUGAUGUACUGUUUUAAAAACUCAUCCAGUUCGUUAAUCCUUCGUCGUUCUAAAGAGAAAAGCCCUAGCACUCUCAACCUUUCCUCGUAAGACCUUCCCUCCAUUCCAGGCAACAUCCUGGUAAAUCUCCUCUGCACCUUUUCCAACGCUUCCGCAUCUUUCCUGUAAUGAGGCGACCAGAACUGGACACAAUAUUCCAGAUGUGGCCGAAUCAGGCUUUUGUAUAGCUGGAGCAUAGCUUCAUGGCGCUUAAACUCAAUCCUUCUAUUAAUGAAAGCUGACACACCAUAUGCCUUCCUAACAACUCUAUCCACCUGGGUGGCAGCUUUCAGGGAACUGUGAACAUGAACCCCAAGAUCCCUCUGCUCCUCCACACUGCCAAGAAUCUUUCCGGUAACCCUUUCUGCUUUCAAGUUUGUCCUUCCAAAAUGAAUCACCUCACACUUUUCAGCGGUAAACUGAACAGUGAAGUAGAAGUUGCAUUUUUCCAAAACUUCCUACAAGGAAUCUGAAGAGAUUUUUUAAAAAUAAAUAAAAUGACUACAACUUGUCAA